AUGACCGUGAAGAGCCCACAGGACAAAUUUAUUUCCGAGGCUCUGAAGCGCAAACAGCCAGCUUGGGACGCGACAUCCGAGCCUCUGCCUGCCGAGGGGUAUGAACGUCUGAGAAAUUUGUCUCAAGACCUUUGGAUUGAUUACGCCUCAUUAGCUUCCCCAAUUCAAUCUGGUGCUGAUGUCAAACUUCUUAUCAUCGGUGCUGGCAUGGGCGGGAUUCUUAUGGCCGUUCGAUUGAUUCAAGCUGGGUUCUCCACCAGCGAUAUCCGCAUUGUCGACGCUGCUGGCGGGCCAGGCGGGACUUGGUAUUACAACCGAUACCCUGGACUCUACUGCGACACUGAAAGUUAUGUGUAUUUGCCACUACUGGAGGAAACCGGAUACCGGCCUUCCCAAAAGUAUAUAUCGGGGGUAGAGAUUCGGGGAUAUAUUCAUCAGAUGAUUGACAAAUGGAACUUGAAGGAUUCUUUCAUGUUCGCAACCACGGUGCAGAGUAUGGCUUGGAGUGAGGCGACUCACACCUGGAAAGUUGACCUAAAGGUGCAAAGAGGUCCCACCGAACAGGAUAUUAUAUCCACCUCUUGCAACGUCGAGUUCCCAAUUGCAUGCCUGGGAAGAUUUCGCGGCGCCCAGCCAGCUCAAAUCCAAGGCCUGACGGAUUUUGGUGGCUCGUUAUUUCAUACCGCGCGUUGGGACUAUACUGUAACCGGUGGAAGCCCAGAGGAAUCGGCACCGGAGAUGGAGAAGCUAAAGGAUAAGACGGUGGGUAUAAUCGGCACCGGUGCAACAGCAAUCCAGGUCGUGCCAGAACUUGCCAAAUACGCAAAAGAGCUGUUCGUCUUCCAGCGUACCCCGUCCGCGGUAUAUGCUCGGAACAAUCGAGAAACCAGCCCCGAAGAAUGGAGUCGCAUCACCAAAGAAGAAGGUUGGCAAGAAGCCCGCCAGGACAAUAUGAUGGGCCACUUGACGAAUACAUUACCUCCCGGAGCAGAGGAUUUGGUUGGAGACGAGUGGUCGAACAAAAAGGCUUACUCCGCUGCUAUUGGAGGACCACAGCCAAAGACUAUUACCGACCCGGAAAAGGUUCAUGACCUGUAUGCCGACCUCCUCGCGCUAGAUGCUGCGGCCAGCUCAGGUGUUCGCGGCCGCGUAUUGGAGGUGGUCAAGGAUAAAGUCAAAGCUGAGCAACUUACACCUUGGUACCCAGUAUGGUGUAAACGCCCGACCUUCAGCGACACUUACCUCCAAGCUUUCAAUGAGCCACAUGUCCAUCUAGUUCACACAGACGGCAGAGGGGUUAGAAAAGCCACCGAGAAGGGCUUAGUGGUUGGAGGUAUUGAAUAUCCUCUUGAUGUGUUAAUUCUGAGCACAGGGUAUGAAUCUCGUGUUUCCAGUCUAAACGUCGAGUCCGCCGGUCGUUUCAAAGUAUACGGGCGCAGUGGCCGUACUAUGACGGACAAGUUCAACGCGCAAGGAAUCACAACACUCCACGGGUGUUGCUCGAACGAAUUCCCCAACUUUUUCUGGAUUGGGGCCAGCCAGACCGCGGCUCCAGUUAGCUUUAUGCAGCUGUCUGAAAUCAUGAUUCAGCACAUCACAUACAUCAUAGCUGAGGCAAACAAGCGCACCACGGACGGCGAGAAGGUCCUUGUCGAGCCUUCGAUUCAAGCUGAGGAAGAAUGGAGCCAAAAAAUCGAGAAAGGAGCCUUAAGAUUUGCUGUUAUCACUGCCUGCACCGAAGGAAAAGUUAACACUGCUGCUCUGGAGGUUCCACCCGAUGGGAGUGCUGAGGAGGUGAAAAAGCGCGCCAGGAUGUGCCCUUGGCCUAACGGAAUCACCGACUUCAAGCACGAGUUGAAGAGAUGGCGCGCGGGGGAUCAACUGGAGGGGGUUACCAUUAACGUGGUUCGCCCGCUAUACUGA